AGAAAAGGUUAAAUUGGCUCACUGCUAUCUUGUACAGAAAUUGCUGAUUUGACAGCUCUUUAAUCCUAUGAAUUGUGCUUAUGUUUUUACUGCACGCUUAAGAAUUUUAGCUUUCUUCUGGGAAGAGUUAGAGAAUAAGUGACAAUCAGCCCAGCCCAGGUGAAGUCAUGGAAGCACUAUUGGGACCAGAUCAGUAUAAGUGGGCCACUAUGAACCAUGAAGAACCCAUGGCAGCAGCUGCUAUGGCCUUUACCCAUCUGCGUGCAGAGCAAGGUAAUGGAGAUAGCUUGAGAAGAACCUGGGCUCCCUCUCACUAUGACCCCUACAGUAAGGCCUCUGUGAGUUCUGGGAUCAAGCCAUCUCUUCCUCUACUGAUGCACCAGCAGACAGAACAAAGCAUGCAAUCGGAGAGCCUCUCUGAAGUGCCCACAGGAACUAGGAAGCCAAUGAUGAAACGGAAAGUUUUGAGGCGGAGGCCUAAUGGAGAAGUGGAAAUAUCUGAUGAGUCAGCCAUUAGUGAACCAGAGACCAAUGAUGAAAGUGGCAACGAGGUCUGGGAUUUGAGACGGAAACUGCUUCAUCUACUUACCCAUCAGGAAGACAGUGUAGCUGAGAUAGAAACUGAGCCAUGUAGCAGUUCCCCUGAGAAGUCUUUUCUGGAUCUUCUCCAUAACACACACUCUCACAGGCACAUUCCCCCAUUUUUCCCUAGGGAUUGCCAGAGUCAGGGCUCCUCAGCUUUUGAACAGGACUUACCUGAACAACCAAAGUCCUUUAUUACUCCAAGAUUAGAGCAGCUAGGUCGUAAUCGUGGGAAGACUGAUAGAGUAGCCAGGUAUUUGGAGUAUAAGCGGGACUGGGAAACGUUCCGGAUACCAGGGGAGGAUCAUAGAAAAGAACUGUGCUGGGAAAUCCGGGAACAGAUGCUCUACAAGCCUAACAUCCCAGCUAGGUCUCAGCGCACCUAUGUCCCCAACAACUAUCUGGUCCCUACAGAAAAGAAGAGAUCUGCCUUGCGCUGGGAGGUACGCUGUGACCUGGCAAAUGGUCUCAUACCCAGGAAGAGCUUCUCCUCAUAGUUGGCCAGAGUUUCUUCAGCUCCAUCCAUAGAACUGUUCAUCACUUGGCUGCUUAGAGCAGUGAUAUCAUUAAGUUAUUUGUUCUCUCUCGUAACCUCAACACUUCGUUUUAACAAGAAUCUCCCUUGUGCUUCUACAUAACACAAGUUUAUCUUAGGCAGAGCUAUUUUAUACUAUCUUGUUACCAAAUAGGAAGACAACUGACACACAUCUGACCCGGUUGGCAAGACCUGCAAAAUCUCUGAGAAGAGGAGACUUGCAUGUGAAGCUCUCAAAGUGAAGAUGACCAAUUUAUAGGAAUCUUGUAUACUCAGGAGAGUAACCAGUACCACCAGCCUGUUUUGCCUUUAUUUGCUCUUGUUCACCUGGAUGAAUGGUUUUAUUUAUCUUUUAGGUGAUGCAUUUCUUUAUUAAAGCAUGUGAAACGAUGUGGUGUGGUUCCAUGGAUUAAUUGGGAAUACUCAUCAUUCCCCAUUGUUGUAAUAUUUAUAGUCAAUCCAGUAGUACUAUUGUUAUCAAUAAACAGGUUUUUUUUUUUUUUUUUACCCUAGCUAUCUAAUCCUAUUCUCAUAACAAGAUUCAGGAUAUGAGAGUUAAGCAGCUUCAGUCUUUAGGAUUACAGAAAGCUGUUGCCCUAUGGCACAGGCAAGGGUAGUGAAGAACUUCACUAACUUAUAAAGUUAGAGUCUUAGAAUCUGCCUUUUGCUUUAAGUUUUGCUUAUAUUAUAGGACUACUACUGCCAUUGCUUUACUGGCAGCUAGCAGAGACACAGUGUAUGGUGGCAGGUUUUCUGCUGGCUUUACUGCAUCACUAACCCAAACAGAGACUCUUCUGUUGGAACAGCUGUGUCCAGAUAGGUGGAGGGAGAGGGUUGUUAGCAGGAUCAUGUCUGCUGAGAGGUCUGAUCUUUUCCCACCCAUAGCUACACCAACAAAAUCCCAUAGUGUAGAUGAAAACACUGCAAAAUAAUGCACUUAACUACAUAAGUAUUGCUGAAAGCAGACAAUGAAGGGAAGUUAUAGAAACAACUUGAAAAAAAUUAAGCUCCCCUCCUGCUAGUUGUGCUGCAUGCAACACAGAUGAGCCUCUCUCUGAACUAGAACCCUGAACAAGUCUUGCAGGCAGAAUCCGGAUGUGCAGGCAAGUGUGGUUUGUGGUGCUGCAAACUAUACAAGUUGUACCUUAGUGCUCGGCGCUGCUAGUUUGCAGCACCAGGGCAAAAUUUGCUACUGGCAUUUCAUGGUAGAAAAAAAAAAAAAAAAAUAGACCUGGAAAAAAAGCACAAAGUAGCAGGUGCCAGGCUCCACUGGAGCCUCUUCGGUGAGGCACACUGUGUCCCAGCCAGCUGUAGAGCUGGGACCACAGGGUCAUACACUGGGUCAUACAACAAAACAUACAAUCAAAUCACACUCCAGUGAAAGGGUCAGGAAAGUUUAAGUGCAGUUCAUGGCAUUUGAAGUUAUCCUACCACAAAGAACAGAUUGUCUCUUCUACUUUAUCCUUUCCUGCUGGCAUAUGUGUUUUUUUCCCCACCCCCAUCUCCAGAACACCGCAUGCAGCUUGGAGCCAAGCAAGCUCUCAUCAUUGAGCUGAGUAUUGCCAAAAAGCUUAGAUCAGUGUAGCCACUAUAUCAGGUGCCAAGAAGGGAAGGGGAGCAGGCAGCUUUGCCAGAGCCAAUUCCUGGAUGCUUCUAAUCAAGUUGAACAUCCCUUCUGAUAGCAGGAAUAUGUUCCUAGUAGUGACAAUCUUGGAACAUUUCUGUCUUCUGGUCAGUCCAGCUUUCCCAUCUUUAAAAUAGAAAAAAAAGCUUUCCCUCCUCCCCCACUCCCCACCAUUUAAAAAAAAAACAAACAAACAAAAAAAACCCCCACAACAACUGCCUGUUCAGUUUUGGAAAACUAUUCUGCGAUUUCAAUGUGGCUCAGGAGUUAUUUUCCAUUUACUUCAGAGAUUAGCUUAUACACAGAUCAGCAGCUUUCUAGAGAACAAGCUGGGUAUAGCCAAAUUCUGCAGUUAGCUUUAGCUUAGAUGCAGCAAUAACACUUACGCCAAGUUCUGCCCCCAGCUUUAUUCCCUUCCAUUCAAAUAGGUAUCCUAUUGCAAAGACAGCAUUACACUUGCAUAUAACUUUAAAUUUUGAGUAAGUAACCAUAAUGAAAACCUGGACACAUCUCAAACAGCAUCAACUCUUUCACAAAUCUGGGAGGUAGGACAGAAAAAUAGGUAUCAAGCCCGAGUCAUUUUCAUCAGGGAAAGUGCAUAUUUGCAAUCUAAAUGUGGGUAACAGUCAGAUGCCCAGGGCUGGGACCCUCCACCCCCCAGCCCUGCUUGUGCCCCUCACUGCCCCCUGGCCCUGCAAGAGGAGCCCCCCCAGCUGCCAGGGCUAUGGGGCCAGGGCCCCGGGACUGCAGCUCUGCCCCCAACAGAAGGCAAUGUUACUGUUGGGGAUACUGUGCUCAGAUAUCAUACUGAGGUUGGGAUAGAAUCUUGCAGGUCCCCCCCCAAUUGGUGGAGGGGUCCCACUUGUAGCUCACUCCUGAUCAGCAGGGAAGUGAAAAAUGCUGUUUUAAAUACAACACCGGUUUUGCCUCCCGCUACUUAUUAGCGGAGGGCCCCCAGACAGCCCU